UACUUUCUGAAGGCCCUGUAGCUACUCCUUUUAAGCAUAUGUGUAUAUGCCUUGGCACAUACAAAGCAGACUCUGCUGUGAUGCCCUGUGUGUAUCUCUAUGUGGGUGUUCUCUCUCUUGCCCUGCCAUUGUAAUUCAGGAUUCACUGGCUUCAUUUGAUUGAAUAAUGAAUGUGAACUGUCUGGGCCUUGGCCUGUUGGUUGGGCCUGGGUCUUUUGUUGCGCUGUUCUGAGGAUAAGAUGCAGGGAUGUUUGUUCUGCACCAGGACCAGACAGACAGGCAGACAGACACACAGGCAGGGAUACACCGAUAUGAUCUUAUCUCAUCUAACAGAACUCUUCCACUGCAUCAGCUGACGAUCAGCCGAUCCCUGGGAAUUCUCCCUCCAACCCCUCCUCUCUCGGAUCCUAUAACCACUGUGGCUUUAGUUUGGCAGCCAGGUGGGGAGUCUCUGUUGCUAAUAUCCAGAGGCAGCAGGAUCCCAGUGAGGGAAGUCAGCAGGCUGGCUUAUUCAAUGCAAGUGAGUUCAAUGCAAGUGAUUCUGCACCCCUGGUGUCACUGAGUCUGGCCCCAAAGGGGGUGGGGGGUAUUGCAUCUAUGGGAGAUGCAUUAAUGCAGGGCCAGCGUGUGACUUUAUUUAUAAACUUGUGUGUUGCAGAGUGGACACUCAGGCUCAGUUGUGUGCCUCAGCGAGAGGCAACAGUUGUGUGCCUCAGCGAGAGGCAACAGUUGUUUUGGCUUUCCACUCCUUCGAUGGUAGUGUUGUGCUCUGAGAACUCAAGGUGAAGAAAAAAGGCUGCAUGUUAACAGUUCUGCUGAAUUUCCUCUUUCUGCACACACAGGAAGAGGCGUGCUAACAACAGAAGUUUCACAGCCAAUAGGGUGACUGUUACAUCUGUUACAUUUGUGCAAGCUUUGUUAUCGAUCGUGCUGAUAAGAAGUGGAGUUAGUACUGAGCGCAUAUAUUCAGUGCAAAUACUGUAAAUACCAGAUGGCCAUGCACACAGUAUAUUUUUGAUGGAUGUUUUCAAGAUACGAAGCAGGAAGCUGUGCAGCGCAUUCAGACCGGAGCUCUGGAGAGAAACAUGGAGGUUUUACCAAUGAGAGGCCUUCUUUAGGCUUGGGUAGGGAAUUUGGAAACCGAAGGAUAUAUGUUUCCCUUCCUCUUUUACAUUUCCUCUGCGAUUGCCUUGAGCAGAGCAAGUCAGUCUCCCUCGUAAGCGGCAGACAACAUUUUUGGGUCGAAUUGUUUCAUGGGACUUAUUCUCCUCGAUUAACUAGGACACAUCAGACCAGGGUCAAAAUCCAGCUAACACCCUCUUUCCUUUAUAAACUCAGGUAUCAACCAAUUCUUCUGCAUGUUUGUGUUACCUGAGAUUUUAAGAAGUGGCUGGCUGGGACAGCAGGGAGAUAGCAGGGAGAUAGAACAUCAGAAAGUAGUUGCUGAAUGUUUCUGGUUCUUACCUUUGAAUCCAGAAUCACUAAGUAUAUAAGCCAAGACAAUAACACUGGACUGCCUAAGUUGGGUUCCACCACUGAAACUCCUGGUGCCAACGCCUAUCACUGGACUGCCUUUUCACCAGGGCACUGACUGUACACCUCUCUACCUACCUCACAACGUCCGGUCAUGCUUUUCAAGAGGAAGUUGUGCUUGUUUUCUCUGUUUGGUGGGAUUCUCUUUGUCAUGAUCACCAUUCAGAAGAACAACAUCCUGUCUAUGACUUUGAUGGAGACCCAUGCCACCUCCAGGUCUGUGCCAGGGCCCGUUGUUAACCGAACAUGGGCAACACCCAGUGCCAUGGUGCUCAGUCCAGACAGGAUAUGUGAGUGCCCAUCCUGCAUAGCGGACAUGAAGGUUUCUGCGUGGUUCGCUCAGCACUAUGACCCCCAGCAGCAGCCCUUCCUCACAGACAGAGACAACAACAUGGACCCCCUGGCCCUGAAGUGGUGGCUGGCUUUGCAGCGGUCCACCGAUGAGCGUACGAUAUACGAGGUGAUCCAGAAGAUGUUCCAGGUCAUCGCUCCCCCCCCCAGGGAUGUCCAACCCAAACAAGCUCAAUGCAGGAAGUGUGCAGUGGUGGGGAACUCAGGAAACCUGCUGGGCUCUCAAUAUGGCUCCUUGAUAGACUCCCAUAACAGUGUCAUAAGAAUGAAUAAAGCCACCACAUUAGGGUUUGAGGUGGACGUGGGCAACAGAACGACACACCACUUCAUGUACCCUGAGAGUGCAGUGGACAUCGGUCCUGGGGUCCACCUCGUCCUGCUGCCCUUUAAACUCCGCGAUCUACAGUGGGUAGCCAGCGCCCUGUCGACAGGAGAGAUCAAAACGACAUACAUGAGGGUGAAAGAUCAAGUACAGGCUGACAAGGAUAAGGUAAUGGUGAUAAAUCCAGCAUUCUUUAAGUACACCUAUGACCGGUGGACAGAGCGCCAUGGCAGAUACCCAUCCACGGGCAUGCUGGCCAUAAUAUUUGCCCUGCACAUCUGCGAUGAGGUGUCGGUAUUUGGCUAUGGAGCCGAUCAACAUGGGAACUGGCAUCAUUACUGGGAGGAAAACAAGUACGGCGGCGCGUUUAGGAAAACCGGAGUCCACCAUGCUGAUUUUGAGAAGGAGGUUAUCCAAAAGCUUGACACAGAGGGCAAAAUUAAGCUGCACAGGAGAUGAGAAUGAGCAGGGGUGGUGUGUACAGGAUGAAGCCAUUAGAGUGUAGUGGUCUGGUGGUCAGAGACAGUCAAAUAUGUGCCCUGCUCUCUGCAACUAGUGCCUAUGAGCAACACAAACAACCAAAACCACAAACGGGAGUCCUCAAACCACAACAAAAACUUGAAUCAUGUACAUCGCCUUCAGAAACUAUUCAUACCCCUCGACUUAUUCCACAUUUUGUUGUGUUACAGCCUCAGAGAUCUACAGACAGUUGUGGGAUCUUAUAUAGACAGAUGUGUUUCUUUCUAAAUCCUGAAUUGGCCACAGGUUGACUUCAGUCAAGUUGUAUUGACAUCUCAAGGAUGAUGAAAAGAAAAUUGGAUGCACUGGAUGCACCUGAGCUCAAUUUGGAGUUUCAUAGCAAAACAGUGUGAAUACUUACAGUGCCUUUGGGAAGUAUUCAGACCCCUUGACU